AUGGCAUUGGUACAAGUCCUGCUCGCCACCGCGUUUCGAGUCGGACUGGCUACCAGAAUCCGCCAAAGCUGCAUGUACAUACGCUUCCUCGAGCGUUUCACUCCAUCAAUUAGACACUUGGCCGUUUGGGAGGUGGUUGAACUUUGUUCGGCACAACGCACUUUCACAUCUCUUUUCACUCUUUCACUCGAUGUGAAGUUGUCUGGUUGA